GGUGACACCUAGAAAGCAUCACAACCACUUCCGGCCUUCCACAAGCAACAGUUCGAUCCGAGUCUGAGUCUUAUAAUAUGACAGCUAAAUAUACCCUGAUCUUUGCCCUGGCGGCUUUCUGCUGCCUGGUGGCCUCCAGUGAGGCGGCAGCCCAGCGCAGCCGUGUCCUGAGCUCUCGUCGUGGCUCCGAGCUGGUCGAGAAGACCUCGGACAGCAAGGAGGACACCGAUCUGGCCGCCCAGGAGCAGAAGCUGGAGCAGGAGCAGGAGAAGAGCGAGCUGGAGGGUCGCAGCGAGGAUGAUGCCGUGGCAAGCGAUAACAAGCAGGACAACAAGGACACGGCCAGCAAGGACGACAAGGACACCAUUGUGAAGCCCAACAAGGACGACGCCCGUGCCCGCCGCAUCGUUCGCGCCGGUCGUCGUCGUGGCGGACGCCGCGGUGGUCGCCGUGGAGGACGUCGCGGUGGCCGCCGCUCUGGUCGCCGUGGCGGACGCCGCGGUGGCCGCAGGCGCGGUGGACGUCGCGGUCGUGCCGGUGCCCGUCGCCGCACCUCCGUCAAGAGGCGUUCCGGCAAAGGCAACAAGGCCUAAGGACUCCUUACCCAAGAAACCAACUUAACAGCCCGAUUUAACGACUCAAUACACUCAA